GUUGAACUGUGAUUCAAACCGUGGCGGUUUGUGACUUUUACAGAACAUAGUUCGCUGACAAGGUAAAGAAAAAAAGGUUCUCGUGUCCAUUUAGUAACGGUAUGAAUGACAAUGACCUACUGUUUGUAAUUAGACACCCGCCCUUAGGAAACAUGGAGCGUUAACGUCCUUUGUGUGAUCUAAACAACAACAACAAAAGAGAAUGCGGAAAUAGGGCCAUUACCCGCGACGGUGGUUGACCGAUAAGUCAGAUGGCGGCAGCAGAGGAGUUGGAGCUGCUCAGGAGCCAGCUGAAGGAGCGGGACGGGCAGCUCCACCAGGCGGCUCAGGCUGGCUUAGAUCUCCUCAGGCAGCAGAUGGAACUGCAAAACAGACUGGAUGAACAGAGAGUAGAGAUGACCAACGCCCUUGAGGCCCUCGAGCAGGACAAGUACUCUCUGCGGAAGGAGGUGGAGUUGAAGACGCGGAUGCUGGAGUCACUGAAGUCAGACUAUGAGUGUGUGAAGAACCAGCAGAGACAGCAGCUUCAGGGACAACAGAUGAAUCUGGAGAGGAGCCACAGCAUGGCACUCAGUGAGCUCAACAACAAGAUGCUGAGGUUGCAGUCAUCCCUGGAGGAAUCUCAACUGAAUGAGAAACAGUUGAAACACAAACUUGAGGUGCAGACUGAGACUCUGAACAACAAAAUGGAGGAGCUGCAAGCUCUGAACGAGCACAACCAGAGCUCCAUGACCUCUGAGAUGAUGGAGGUGCAGCUGAAGAUCAUGGAACUGGAGACCAUCAAGGUGGAGUUGGAGCAGACUCUGCAGGAAUAUCAGUACAGAGAGCAGCAGCUGCAGCUGACCAACAGCAGCCUGCAGCGUCACCUGGAGCGAAUCACAGAGGAGAAAGAGGAGGGAGAGAAAGAGGCAGUUUCCUGGUUUAAUGCAUUAGAGAAAUCUCGCGAGGUGAACCGGGACCUCCAGAUCCAGCUGGAUCAAGCUCUACAGCAAGCCCAGGAUCCCAACAGCAAAGGGAACUCUCUGUUUGCUGAGCUGGAGGAUAAGCGUGCAGCGAUGGAGAGACAGCUGAUCAGUAUGAAAGUCCAGUAUCAGUCGUUGCAGAAACAACACAGCUUCAGUAAACAGCAGCUACAGCGGAUGAAGGUUCAGAUAGCCACUCUGAUGCAGCUCCAGGGUUCCAGGGCUGACCCUGCUCAGCUGGAAAGACUCCAGUCAAUGCUCUCAGAGAAAAAUGGGGAGAUCCAAAAUCUCAUGACUAAACUACAGAGACUGGAGAAGGUGGAGAUGAUACUCAAGUCUAAGCCAGCGAAUGUAGCUCCAGCUGAAAAUGGUGAUGGCCAAGAUGAAACCUACUACACUGACCUGCUUAAAAUGAAGCUCAACAAUACUGUUAAAGAUGCAGAGCGUCUGGGAGAUGAGCUUUCCCUGCAGAGGAUGAAGUCUUUGUCGGAGAGCCAGAGAGCCCUGGAGCUGGAGAGAAAACUCUUCACAUCUGAGCGGUUGCUCAAACAGACUCAGAGUGACAAGAUCAAGCUACAGCUGCGAGUAGAGGAGCUACAGCACAAAUGUGAACCCAGAGAAGCAAAAAAGAAUCUGAUCCAGAAGAUGAAGAAGGAGAAACUUCCUGUGGACAUCGGAACCUCCACUCAGGAAAGCAGGCUUGACAAGGGCGAGCAGUUAGUUGCGGUGGAGACGGAUGUCACACAUAACAGGACUACAGGCCCCAAGGCCGACAUCAAUCUAACAACCGAGGCAGGAAGCUCAACACAAGAGCUGACUGAGCCACGUGCUGCUAAGUGUGUGAAGAUCAGUGAGGGGGAGCCACUUGUGAUUCCCAGCCUCAGCUCUCCUGUGAAUGACAGCGGAGAGAUGGAGAUGGAGAACAAGCAGCAGAACCAAAGAGAGGAGAGGAUAAAGAAACAGAAAACAGUGGAGAUGAUCCACGUGAGCUCUAACAGCAGCAUGGAGAACCAGUGUGCUCAGCAGUAGUCCUCUCUUGUAACAUGUGUAUGUAUGCUGAUAUAUAUUCAAAUAUUUGGAUGUGACCGUUGAGUUGUACUUCCUCUGUUGAUUUGACUGUUUUUGCUGUUUACUGUCAUUAAAUUGAAACCCUUGCAGUAUUAAAACAUUAACAACAGAGUAUUUUGAGAACAAUUAUCCACUGCGCUUUCAUAAAGUAUUUUGAAGUAUAAUUUUUUUUUCUGUUAUAUAAGGCCUGCAAUAUAAAACAUUUAUCCCACAUUAGUCUACACUUGUAUGACAAAGCUAAAACAGAAUUUCAUUAAUACUUGCACAUUUAUCAAGAAAAGGGAAAAACAUUAAGUAUCCAGACAUUUGAAAUUGAUCUUCUCAUUUCCCGAUCAUCUGAGCUGUUUCUUGAGUCCACCUGUGAUAAAUUCAGUUGAUUGGA